ACACAGACACACAUCUAGUCAAUGACACACACAGAGCUCAGAGGAGCGCAGUCAGUCUCUACACUCCUCAUGAAGAGAUCUUGAGUUGAUCAUUCAGUUUGGAUCAGUUCUGGAAUUUAAAGUGUUUGCUUGUCUGAAAAGGAUCAUUGGAGGACAGAAUGGAAAUCGCGUGUGAGGUGUGGAAACGCUGACGAGGGACCGUAAACAGGUGCAGUAGAACGGAAAGACUGCGAAUGAUGCCGCAAAACAUGCUGAUCUUCGACCCUGCGAUGCCCACUGAGCCAGUUAAAGACGGCAUGACGAUCCCCAGAACCCCUGAGCGAAUUCUGGCAGAGAAAACUAACAACAACGAGGCUCCUCAACAACCACAGCCACUAGCGACAUCAGUCACCAUCCCUCUCGUCAACGAGGUGGAGUUAAUGGCGGCCACCGGAGGGGCGGAGCUAUCCUGUUACCGCUGCACUGUGCCAUUUGGAGUGGUGGUUCUGAUCGCUGGCAUUGUGGUGACCGCUGUGGCAUACAGCUUCAACACUCACGGUUCGACCAUUUCGUACUUUGGACUUGUUCUGCUCUCGGCCGGGCUGGUUCUGCUUGCUCUGAGUGCUGUUUGUUGGAAAGUUCGUAUGGAAAGAAAGAAAGAGCGAAGAAGAGAAAGUCAAACGGCUUUGAUGGCACACCAAAGAAGCAUCUUUGCUUGAGAAUGGAGAUCCCAAAACGACUACAGAAACAAUUACUCCAUCUCGUCAAAACCUUCACAAUGGAUUAAUCAAAGCAUUUUUCAGCUCACCCUCAGAAUAUGUGCUGAUGUACAAGAAGGGACGAGUUCGAAUUAACUGUUUGCGCAUGAAGUUAAUAGGCCAUUUACGUGAAAAUUGUAUGUUUAAGCAAUUAGUAAUCGGCUACCGAAAACUAAUUGCGGCUAGAACGCAGUUUAUUUUAACGCAUAUCUCCAUCAUCAACAUUUUGAGUUACUGCUGCCAUUAUCAAUUAAAAGUUUACACAGACCAGUUGUUUUUUCGUGGGCACUAAUAACGCAACGCUAAUUGCACCAGGCAAAACGCAUCGAUUUUGGUGAAUAAGGUGAAAGAUAUCAAAAGGAAAAGCGCUGAAAAGAUAUGCAGACAUGCAGAAUCAACAAAAAUCACGUUUACGUCAUUCUCUGCUUUUGACGUCAAAACACAAACAGUCAUGCGUACAUCAGAUAAGUCGGUAAGAACAUAGAUAAAGGCGUUUACAUGAAACACGAAAUCGGGGUAAUGGGAAAAUAUCUAAGUUUGGCGAUGAUUAAAUUGUUUUGGACCUAAAGAGGCAGUCACACUUGACUUUAAGCUCGCAAAUUGCUUUCAGACAACGCAACGGACGUGAUGUCUCACAGGAGGUAAAUGAUACGUCACAAAUACUUAAAUGAUAUUCUUUUUUAAACGUUAAAAUAUAUUGUCUACUUACAAUCCUGCAGCAAAAUAAAUACACAGCUUUGAAAUCUAUAUUCUUUGUAUUGAGCCAAGAUGUCAGAGUGUGCCGUUUCGAUCUUUUAUUGGUCACGCAUCCUCUCGUUAAACGAAUUUUCGCAGUCAGAGUUCACCAAAUUUGAACUCUUGUACGCAACAGAGUACGAAAUUUCUUUGCAUGAGCUUGCGCUGCCAGUCUGCCGUAUUCGGAUAUGCUUAAAUGGGAGUAAAUGGAGCUCAAAGUAUAGUGUGAUCGCUCCAUUAACAGUUAAACAACUUAAACUGUUUAUGACCGUUUAUAACUCAGUAAAGGAAAGCCAUUUCCAAAACGCACACUUCUGCACUAUUCAAUGCCAUUUUGUAGUGUAAGUAGUGCAAGUUGUUCUGACAAUGCAGCAAAAAGAAGUGGACUUUAAGUACCCGGAUGAUGCACUUUACAACCGUCAAAAUGGAGUGAGGAAUGUUGGACACUUCAUGCCCUCAACGCACGUGGCUAGCCGUAGUUAGCGGAAGGGGUGGAGUUACCUGGCUGCGCUGCUGGUCUGACAAAACAGUUGUAAAUAAUGUAGAAUGUAGCAGCUAGAGAAACUUCAGUGGAUACAACAACUUAGAAAUGUGAGUUGAAUGCUUUACCAUCACCACAAGCUUUGUGAAUAUGUACGUUGUUUAAGAUACAAGUGUUGAACUGAGGUUGGCUACCGAGCUAAAGCUAGCAUCAGCACAUCACGUGUGCUUGAAAUGUCACUUCCAUCAGCUGUUAAACAAUGAUUGCUUCUGUGUACUACAAAACCGUUAAGUGCUCCAUUUGGGAUGAUAUUAAACGCAAGAAACCCGUGAUUACAUGACAUUUGACAUUCUGACUAUUCUCUGCUUUUGACGUCAAAACAUAAACAGGAGUGCGCACAUUGGAUAAGCUGAUAGCAACAUCGCUAAAGGUGUUAACAUGCAGCGUGAAAUCGGGGUAAUGGGCAAGAACUUCCCCAAAAUGUUUGCUCUCACUGAGACUCGCAACUGCAUGUGUCCAGAUGUUCAGACACAGCUGGGACACCGGUUACGCUUUAAUGACCUUUACUGCAAACUUGCGCAGUUAGUGAUGGACAGAAUGCAGUGCUAGCCAAAAGUCGCUCGUAAGUGCUUUCUUGCUUUCUUUCUUUUCUCUUUUAUUUUCUCUUCCUGUUCUCUCUUGAUCUCUUUACCCAUCAGGCAGGUUUGCUGGGAUGUGAGCCAAGGCAAACGUAAAAAAAAAAUGAAUACAAGUAACUGCUGGGCAAACCCAGAGAAGGGCAAGUGCCAUAUUAAUCCCCGGCUGUUUCCUGUCCAUUUGGAUUCAUGGAAAGACCCUGUCUGAGACAUAAAGGAAAAGGAGGUGAAAAAGAGGAAAUGAACAACAAUGAUUUUUCCUCAUUGAGAGCGUCUUUCACUCAGCUACUCUAUAUGUCAAUAAAUUAUAAACAUUAAACUUUAUCAUGACAUCUGGUACUCAUAUCACUUGCAUUAUUAUUUAUGUAUGACAAAUGGAUUUAUAUUUUAUAUUAUUAAAUCUAUUUUGCUAUAUUGUACUUCAGAUCAUAGAGGCAGACAUACAACAUUAAGUGGUUUAUAGCUAUGUGAAGUCUACUUCUACUAAAGCCUACUAAAGACUAUUAACCACAUAAUAUUUGUUAUUUUAUUUUUUUGGAUAAGUAUGCACUUUUGAUCAUUAUAAUGAAAUGCAAACAGUGAAGAAAUUAAUUAUUGAUCUUAAAAAUGAUUUCAGGUUCUGCAUUUUUGGACUCUAUAAAAUAAAAUGUGUCUUAAUCUUUUAUGAUUGUAACCAUCAUUAGUUUCUUCCAUUAUGUUUGAUUGUGUUUGUGGAAAUGUUGUAUCUGUAAGUUGUCGACAGAACUAUUUUUAAUAAACUUAUGGAAUAAUGAAUGUUUUAUUUUAUGGCAUUGAUGAUACAAUCAUGAUUUUUUUAAAUUUUAUUUUAUGUAUUUAUUUUACUUGUGAAGGCUGAAUUCUAAAACAGAUUCUGAUACUGAUACAGAUAAAAAAUAAAUGAUUUCGAUAAAAACCGAUAGCUCAAAACAGCUGCGUAUGUGGCGGUAGACCAGCUCACAAGGUUUUGGAUUUGAGCAACAGUCAUUUCAUGUGUGUAGCUUGUUUAAAGCAGUCUGGAUUUAAUUGUUUCUCCAAUCACUCAUGAUCUUUGUUUGAAGUUCCAGUUAAAGUGUAAUUUGGGUCAGGUGGAAAAAUGCCAUUCAAUGUAAAGCGCUCUUUCAUGUGAGAUGUUGUGAGUGAUUAAAACAUUCAAUAAUGAAU